UGAACUCUAUCUUCCCUCCCUCAGGCUCAUGGCCCUUCUUAUCUUCUUGUCUCUACACCCUCCGAACCCUCCUCAAGGCCCCCAACUUAACUCUCUCAUCACUCCAGUUCCAACAACCGUCAUUAAAACUCUCAAUACUAAGAGACAGUUUAUCACUAAUACUACUUCGGUUUGCAUCAAUUUUUUGGCCCAACAAAACCCACUUCCACAAUCUUUAGCCGAAACCUCCACACCUUCUAAGCCAGCUUUAAACAUUGCAAACACCAAAUCUUGGUUCCAAUUCUAUGGUGAUGGUUUUGCCAUUAGGGUUCCUCCUGAGUUUGAGGACAUCAUGGAGCCUGAGGAUUUUAAUGCUGGAGCAUCCCUGUACGGGGACAAAGCAAAGCCUAGAACUUUUGCAGCACGAUUUGCAACUACUGAUGGAUCUGAGGUUUUGAGCGUUGUCAUUCGCCCAACCAAUCAACUCAAAAUCACCUUCCUAGAGGCCCAAGAUAUUACUGAUUUGGGUUCCAUAAAGGAGGCAGCUAAAAUAUUUGUACCAGGUGGAGCAACUCUUUUCAAUGCCCGAACCAUAAAAAUAAAGGAAGAUGAAGGUUUCAAGACUUACUAUUUCUAUGAAUUUGGAAGAGAUGAACAACACAUUGUACUAGUGGCCACUGUUAACAGUGGAAAGGCUAUUAUUGCUGGAGCAACUGCUCCACAGUCCAAGUGGGAUGAUGAUGGAGUGAAGCUACGUUCUGCAGCAAUCUCAUUGACAGUUCUGUAGCCCUUUGCACAACAACUUAUUUGGCAGGUUUGUUGAGUUGCGUAUCCAAUUUGUACAAGAAACAGAUUGGUUUAGGAAUUGAUCUGUGGUCAUUAUCUUAACAUAGACUUCAUAUAAGAGAUUCAUCAGCCUUUUUUGUCCUUUUCUGUUUAAUUGACAAUUCUCGAUUCAUUUCUAGUCUUCAUGUGGGCAGCCCUAUGUCUUGCUUAACAUCAACCCUUAACAUCUACUGAAGAAUCAGUGCCUAAAAAACUCAUGUUCUCCACCCCAACAAUCUUUCACGGUCACGGACAAAACCAACAUAGGAAAGACAUCGGUUUGGGCAAAGCAUUGUCCUUGAGAACAUGAAUAUGUAAGUAGUUUUGAGUGAACCACUAUCUUUCUUCUAGCUAUAAUGAGAAUUAUCUGCCAAAAUCAACAUGCAGAAAGCUCUUUUGCAUUAUUGGGUAAUUCCCCAAGUCAUGACAACAUAAAGGGUCAUUUCCUAUGUAUUUUCUAUAUCCUUUUCCUCACAAAAAUGGUGGGGAAAAAUAUUAUUGAAUCCCAUGUCCAAAUCACAAGUUGUUAUGAAAGGAAAUUUUUAUUCAGAUUCAAGUUAGCACUAUCACUAGGUAACACUAGAGAAAAUCAGCUUUAUGCAAUUUUAACUUAGCCUGUUGCACCCAGUGCACAAGGCUCCCCACUUGUGAGGGUACGCAGCUUUUUCUUUACAUUUUUGUAGAGAGACUGUUUUCAGGAUUCAAAUCUGUAAUCUACCGGUCACAAAGACCAUUGCUCCAAGGCUCGCCUUCUUGUUUUGUGAUACAUAAGGGAAAUAUAUAUAUAUAUAUA